GGAAGGGAGCGGGUGGGUAGCAACAGUUGCCCUGGUGAGGACGAAGCGCCAUAGCCACGGUAGCCCUGGCGACAAGAGCCCAGCAACGAGAAUCAACAACAACAACAACUGAAUCCGCCAUAAAAAUAAAAGAAGAUAUUUUUUACCGGUGGGGAAAUACACAAGUGGAACCAAGAGGGUGAUUCUCAGCUCUUGUAAUGGCCACCUCAGGCUACGUAGGUGAGAUCCAGCCGGCAGCCCAACCCCAGGGGGCCAGUGUUACCGUCACACCAGGGCAACCUGAUGCCAGCUCCACUCCUCCGACUGCCCCUCAGUUUUUGGCCGAGAUUCAGACUACUGUGGUCACUCCCACUGUCGUCACACCCACAGGCCAAACUACUCCCACUGAUCAAGCCACUUCCAUCACCACUCAGAAGCCUCCCACUGGCAGUCAAACUCAGUCCACAGCUCAGGCCCAGCCAGCUCAGACACAGUAUGUGACUGCAGAGAUCCAGGGCUCCCCGACACAGUCGGGAAAUGCUCAAAGCACUCCUCAGUACAUCGUUGUCACGGUCACAGAGGGUUCCCUUCACUCAAGCGACAGUGUGUCAGACUCUAGCCCCCCUCCAGCUGUGGUGCAGACGGGAGUUCCCACGCAGGUUGUUCAGCAGGUACAGACGGCUCAACAGAGGUCCGUGGUGCAGGCCACUUCUCAAAUAGCCAAGACUGAGCCAGGCACCCAGCUCAGUGUCACCAGUCUCCAGCCUGUUCAUAUCAGCCCAGAGCACCUCCCUAGCACUGCGGAGGCAGUGUUAGUCAGGGAUAAGAAUCUAGAAGAAUGCCUGCUGCCUCAUGAUGUAGCACUGCCACAGUGCCUGGCCUUUGCAUCAGGAGACUUCAGACGUGAGAGUCCUCUACCUUUCCUUGGACCGGUAGUGCCAGCGACUGUGUGUGCAGGGAAAGAGAUAGGAGGGCAACCUGCAGUCACAUGCUCAUGCCAUGAUCAGCCACCACUGCAGGCUAUGACUGUCAUUUUCCAAGUCCAGCAGCAGCUGACUCCAGUGCCAGUGCAACAUGUGUACACCAAUCAAGUGCAGUAUGUGGAAGGAGCGGACACCAACUACACCACCAGCACCAUUCGUUCCAGCACCUUCCCGUACACUGACACGCCGCUGUACACCCAGACCACAGCCACCCAGUAUUAUGAAGGUCAGACAACUUCAGGCUCACAGGUCUCCACCCCUGGUACACCUCUGACCGUCUCAGUGACCGCUGGCACAACAGGGGGUGUGUCCAUGUUUGUGGCCCAGCCCACUAAUGCCACAGGGGGAGGUGCCACAGUGGUGACAACAGGUGGCACCACCAAUGGAGACGGGGCAGGCACCAACGGUGGCGCAGCGGGCAGCUAUGUGAUCCAGGGGGGUUACAUGCUGGGCAGCAGUAGUGGAGGGGCAGCUGGCAACAGUCAGAACUACUCGCACACAGCCCGCGCCUCUCCAGCCACUGUGAGUAUUACAGAGGGCGAGGAGAGUAGCGUGCCGUCGGCAGACAAGAAGGUACAGUGGUUGCUGGACAACUAUGAGACAGCUGAAGGAGUGAGUCUUCCACGUUCAACCCUCUACUGCCACUAUCUGCUGCACUGCCAGGAACAGAAACUUGAGCCUGUUAACGCUGCCUCUUUUGGGAAACUCAUUAGAUCUGUAUUCAUGGGGCUACGCACACGACGCCUGGGCACACGGGGUAACUCUAAAUACCACUACUACGGGCUGAGGAUCAAGGCAGGCUCUUCUCUUCUCCGUCUGAUGGAAGACCAGCAACAUCUGGCCAUGAGGCAGCAGCCCUUCUCACAGAAACAGAGGUUGAAGCCCGUGCAUAAAGUAGAGGGGAUGACCAAUGGCACAGCAGCAGGAGCAGGCCAGCAGCAGCAACAGCAGCAGGGGUCAGGGCAGGUGGACAUCAGCACCCAGGUUCAGCAAUACCAGCAGUUCCUAGAUGCAUCCAGGGCACUGCCAGAGUUCCCAGACAUCGAUCUCCAGGGGAAGUCUCUGCCAGAGGGCAUUGAGCUGGAGCACAUAAAGAGUUUUCAGCUGUUGUACAGAGAACACUGUGAGGCUAUACUAGAUGUGAUGGUCAACCUGCAGUUUACCCUGGUGGAAACUUUAUGGAAGACCUUCUGGAGGUUCAGCCAGAGUCAAGCUGGAGAUGCCACGUUGGCUGUUCAUGAUGAGUCAGAGAAGCGCCUCCCUAAGUCCUGCCUGGUGUUGCUGUGCAAGUAUGACCCUGUGCUGCGCUGGAGCCGGGACUGUGACAACAGCCUGUACCAGGGCCUGGUGGAGAUCCUCAUCCCUGACGUCCUCAGACCCAUCCCCAGUGCCUUAACUCAAGCCAUCCGCAACUUUGCCAAGAGCCUGGAGAGCUGGCUGACCAACGCCAUGAUGAACAUCCCUGAGGAAAUGGUCCGCAUCAAGGUAACGUCAGCCAACGCUUUUGCUCAGACACUGCGGCGCUACACCAGUCUGAACCACCUCGCCCAGGCAGCCCGAGCUGUCCUCCAGAACACGGCCCAGAUCAACCAAAUGCUCUCCGACCUCAACCGUGUUGACUUUGCCAACGUUCAGGAGCAGGCUUCAUGGGUGUGUCGGUGUGAAGACCGUGUUGUCCAGCGGUUAGAGCAGGACUUCAAGCUGACCCUCCAGCAGCAGAACUCCCUGGAGCAGUGGGCUGCGUGGCUGGAUGGUGUGGUCUCCCAAGUCCUUAAACCCUACCAGCACAGCCCUGCCUUCCCUAAGGCCGCCAAGCUUUUCCUGCUCAAGUGGUCCUUUUACAGUUCCAUGGUGAUCAGGGACCUGACCCUGAGGAGUGCCGCCAGUUUUGGUUCCUUUCACCUGAUCCGCCUGCUGUACGAUGAGUACAUGUACUACCUGAUAGAGCACAGAGUGGCUCAGGCUAAAGGAGAGACCCCCAUCGCUGUCAUGGGAGAGUUUGCCAGUUUAGGCCGGGGCCUGAGCCAACUGGAUCCCGACAAAGAAGAGGAAGAGGAAGAGGAGGAGGAGAGUGAUGAGGAAGGACAGGAGCUGUCUCUUCCCUCAGAUGCGGUUGUGCUGGGAGAGGAGUCUCUGGAGCCGCCUGCCAAGCUGGCCAGAACAGACCAGAGAGUCCUUUUCACAACCGGAUCAGCUGACAACUAAUCACUUAGUAAAAGUACUUGACGUGGGUUGAUUAUAUUCGAUCACACACACACACACACACACACACGUACAUGUACAAAGAAUGCUAAUUUAUACACUUGACACAUGUAUAUAGAUCUUGUAAAUGUGUGUGCAUACUGUAACUGUCCCACUUGUUUACACAGACACACACACAAUCAAACUCACACACACACACACACACACACUCCACAGUCAGUACUGCUGCUGCCUGGAUGGCACAACCACCUGUUGACAGCUUCGAUUCAAUACACAAUCACUGGUGCAGUGUAACAGGAUGUGGCUUCAAAACCAGACUCUCAAUGCAAAGAAAUCCACAUCUUAACCGUCAGUUGUGUUGAUCUGUAAAAAAAAUUAACUAAAGCCAGGCAUGUUUUUUUUUUUUUUUGGGAGGGGGGGGUCAUUUUCUUGUCUCUUUCAUUGCAUUGCAACCUGUAGCCUCGCUCUGUCCUUGCUGAGAAACGUCUGCUCAACCCUUAGUCCUCCUAAAAACUGUCACUGCCGUAUCAAAGUGGUCUUGAAAUUACUGUGAUGUGUGUUGCGUGUGUGUGUGCGCGUGUGUAAAAAAAUAAUAUAUAUAUGAACAGGAGGAGGAGGGUGCAAAGUGGACUUUUAACAAAAAAAAUGUUUUUCACUAAUUCAUUAAACGCUUUAGGUGUGUUGUCGAGAAGGGAAGACACCUCUGUCAAAGACAGCGGGCUGGUGGGAUUUCUUGAUGUGUGUGUGUGUGUGUGUGUGUGAUUUCUGUAUGAGCACUUGGUCACACACUGCUCUGCUAUGACUUCUGAAUGCUGACCGCUUUUUCCAUGGUGAUGUAUGUGUAUAUACGUGUGUGUGUGCGUGUGCGCGCGUCUGGCUUUGUGACUGUGAGUCAACCCAAAUGUGUACUGUUCUUUCUGUAGAUAUUUUCUAAGGCAUUCAGGUCUUGAUUUGGGAGACGCGUGUAGAUUUCCUGUUUGAUUUUAUUCGCCUGUAAAGAAAAAACAUUCUUGGUUUCUUGGAGUGCCUGUCGCAGCUGCUACACACACUUGUAAAGAAAAAAGCUACGGCUAUAGAAUUUGGGCUCCCAUUAGUUGCUGCAAAAAAAAUCCUCUCUCUCUUUUAUUGAACAUCUGGUUCCACGAGAGCGGUACCGUAUCUGUACGUGUCAUAUUUUUAUGUUCGAAACGCUCCAUUCCUGUCCAUCCAAUACGUUCCUCUGUGGCCUCAUUUUCCUUUUGACAUAUCAUUUUCUUGCCUUAUUUCAAUAUAUAUUUUUCCAUGUGUGUGCCAAACCCAUCCCGGAAACCCCAUUGUUUUUUAACUCCAUGUUUUAGGGAGGACUGUGCCUGAGUAAGAACGGUGAUAUACUUCUAUUCUACUGUAUAUUUAUCCACUAUUUUGAAUUUUGUUGUCACUAAGUGAAGCUCUUGUGUAGUGUAUGGUGCUGUGUUGUCACACAUUGUAAGAAAAACCUUUGUAUGCAUUAUUGAUUUGUGAUUGUACGUUCAGUUAUCAAUCCUAUAUCAUAUCUUAUGACUUUUCCCCAAACAGGCUAAGGCCCUGCCUCUUUGCACAUAUUGACUAUUGUCGUUAAAACCCCCGACAGAGUUAUCUGAAAUGUUUUUCAUUUUCUUUCAAGUGUUAGGUGUGUUUUUUUGGGUUUUUUUUUUUUUUAAGGAGGGGGGGGGGGGGGUGCAGGUGUCAGAUUUUUCGUGCGAGCUCAGCACAUUUGAGAGAAUUUGGUGCGAGGUGAGAGAUCUGAUGACUCUUUCUGCACAGUCCUCCACCGACACUCAUCCCCCACCCACCCCCCACUGUGCUUUCAUCUCACUGCAUUUCCGGCCUCCUGCCAAUGGCUUUGUUUUGCUUCAAACAUCCACAUUCUUAAACACUGUUCAUCGCGAUUGGUUGUUACAAACAUGUCAUUUUGUGAAACUUUUAAAUACAACGCCUAACUUUUAAAUAGCCGUCAAUGCGCACGUUUUUCAACAGGCAUUGACAGCCUCAAACCAGCACAUCGUCCUUUAUAUGGAGUCCAAUGCUACCACAGCUGAGUACAUAUCACUCCAGUCUUUAAACGAUCUACAGCAUAUAGAAUGGCCAUUGUUUACCCAGUAAGAAAAAUGUUUAGUCAUUUUUUUAUAGUGCAUUGUUUCUUAUGUACAAAACAAAUUGAGAAAAAAAAAAAAGAUGUUAAGUGGCAGUGUUUUAUGAAUUUGGUCUGCUGUAAGUAUGACUGUGCCUUUGGAGGUGGUAGAAUGCAAUUCAGAUGUUUUUAAUUUUAAAGAUAUAAAUUAAAGAAUUUUUAAAAUUGCA